CCUUGUUCUCCCCAGAAAGCGUGCACACACACAGACACGGCUAGACACAUCACACAACGUAGCUACGCCUACUGCUCUCCCACCGUGUGACCGACCGACAGGCAGUAUGGCUGCACCAAGGUUUGCGACGCUGGCGCUGGCCGUGCUCCUCGCGACGGCCGUGGUGGCUCCCCCGGCCACGGUGCGCGCGGCGAUGUCGUGCUCGACGGUGUACAACACCCUGAUGCCGUGCCUGCCGUACGUGCAGAUGGGCGGCGCGAGGCCGCCGCAGGACUGCUGCGGCGGCAUCCGCACCCUGCUGUCCCAGGCCAGCAGCACCCCUGACCGCCGCACCAUCUGCGGCUGCCUCAAGAACGUCGCCAACGGCUCCUCCGGAGGGUCCUACAUCGACCGCGCCGCGGCGCUGCCCAGCAAGUGCGGCGUCACCCUGCCCUACAAGAUCAGCACCAACGUCAACUGCAACACGAUUAACUGAGGCGUCUUGUGCGUCUCCCGUGCGAGGAAUGCCGAAGAAUAAUAAAAGGGUACUGCUAUUUAAGCUAGACUGGACUAGAUCGAGAGAUGUGUGCUUGUCACUAGUCGUGUUUCUGGUGUCUAGGAAUCGUCUACAGUUCCUAAUGGUGUAUCGUGGUAGUUCCCGCGAGCAGAGCCAUGAACCGAUGUGUGGUUCUCUACUGUGGCUAUGUAAUAUGUGCGCUUUGAUCCAGAUGUAUUCCUCGUGAAACUACUCCUAUUACUAUAUUCA